AUGACACGGCGAGUGAGGUUGUAUUUGUGUUUUGGCGCGCUGUGCGCCAGCGCCCUUGCGCUUCCCGCCGACAAUAACGUGAAUCCCGUCGAAAAACUCGAAUACCGUGAUCCGCCGAAAUACCGCAAUUAUCCCGCGAAGGGCGUAAACGUGAGGCGGAUUGACCUCACACCCACGAAGGAUGAGGUCGAGGAGGAGAAACCGGUGCACCAGGCGUUCCCCCACGCCGUGCUCUUCGGUGGCACAUGUGGUGGCUCCGUCAUUAGCCCCAACUGGAUACUCACAGCUGCUCACUGCACACUAUUCACUGGGGGCAAGUACGUUCUCGCUGGUACGAAUAACUCGGAAGAUGGUGGCGGCAUCACGCGUCGCGUGAAACGGUUGGUGAUCCACCCUCGGUUCACUGUGGGGCCGUAUUGGGUUGACGCCAGACGGUACAACAUCAAACAGGUGGGCGCGCGGUUCGACUUUCUACUGGCUGAACUAUCAGAACCCUUGCCCUUAGAUGGCGUCACUAUAGCCGCUGCCAAACUGAACGAGAACCCCACAAUCGCACCCAAAACGAAUGUCGGCUACGCGGGCUACGGUGCACUACACCACGGGGAAACGAUGAGGCACGAGAUGCAUGGAAUGAAACUAGAAAUCCUCGACGACGAAGAAUGCAGCGUUUUGGAAGAAUACGACAGUGAAGACAUGAUUUGCGCCAAAGGACGUCCGCCUAAUUACGACUCCGCUUGUAAUGGCGACAGUGGCAGCGGCUUGGUGGACGAGAACGGAGUGUUGGUGGGCAUCGCCUCUUGGGUCGAGAACGACGCGAUAGAAUGCCGCAACGGCGCCAAGGUCUACUUCUCGAGGGUCUCCAGGGCAAGGGACUGGAUCCGCGAGGUCGCCAACGUC